UUACGCCGAAUCAGAGUGCCGGUGAGCGCUGCCGCCGCCGCAGGUGCAGGUUGCACGGGAGCGCGUUCGGGUUUGAGCCGCCAUCGCCAGACGCUCGCUUGGACGCGCGCAUCCGCGUGACGCACGGGAAAGUGAGAGGCGCACCGCGACCGGAGCCGCGUCGUAUUCGAAGCCAGUGACAGCGGAGGGAUCGCCAAGUUGAGAUGCUCUCCGAGCUUGUGUGAGGAGGAGGAGGAGGAGGAGGAAGAGGAGGAUGCUAAGGUCUCGCGCUUCCCGUGGAGCGAUAAGUUUGGACUGAGAAGAAACGCAAAAGGAGCGUCUCCGUCUGUGGAUCUAUUUGUGUCCGACGCAAUAAGAGGGAAGGUCGAGUGGACGUAGUUUGAGACGAGCCUCCGAGAACCCACGCGCCCCAGACUCGACGCAAAUCUGGGUAAACAAAUAUGACGGCCGAUUCUGGCGUCGUCUCACGUCUGCUGAUGAGCGACCGCUCCGCCGAUACGCGCGCGAACCUCGGAUGAUUCUGGAGCGCGAUUAAUUGGAUUCCUCGCGGUCCCGGUCGCUCGCCCAUCGCCCCUGCUCCGCGUAAUGGGAGAAAAGUUUGGAACCUUGCAGAGGAGACGCACGCGCAGCAUCCCGCACACGACGCGCUCGUAAAUGCCAUGUGAAUGGGCGCUCGCGCGUCCGCGGCCGACCAAGUCCAAAAGUGAAUCUCAGCCGCUUCGGGCAUGACUUCAGACGCCGCCGAGGUCACCGCGACUCGCAUCAAGCCGGUUAACGACCCAUGAGCCGCCGAGCCGCUUCGCCCAGAGACGCGCAGACGGACAUUGAUGAUCUAGAGGGGAUUUGUGCAGCAGCGAUAGAGGCAGCGCGGCGUCGAGCCUGAUCCCCAGUCACAGAGACAGACCCCCCGCCGGAUGUGUGCGAUGCUGUGCCAGCUCGGGCAGAGGUGUGCGAUGGAGGUGGUGGUGCUCACCGUCCUUUCCUGGGUGUCCGUGUGGGCGGAGGAGAAGAUCAUAUUUGACAGACACGCCGUCUACUGGAACAGCUCCAACCCCAAGUUCUGGCACGGCGAGUACAGGGUGGCGGUGAACAUCAACGACUACCUGGACAUCUACUGUCCCUACUACGAGGGCCCGCCGUCCCACGGGCGCAUGGAGCGCUACAUCCUCUUCAUGGUCAACCACGAGGGCUACACCUCGUGCCAGCACCGCAUGCGCGGCUUCAAGCGCUGGGAGUGCAACCGGCCCAGCGGCGCCGACGGCCCGCUGCGCUUCUCCGAGAAGUUCCAGCUCUUCACGCCCUUCUCCCUGGGCUUCGAGUUCCGGCCCGGACACGAGUACUACUACAUCUCGUCUCCUCAUCCAAACCACGUGGGGCGGGCAUGUCUAAAGCUGAAGGUGUAUGUCAGACCUCCAGAUGGGUCGGGAUACGAUUCUCCGGAACCUUUCCUGACCGACGGAGGCCCGAGCUGGAGGCCGGGACGCGUGGCGCUGUUAUCGGUUCUGGCCCCUCUUCUCGUGGGACUCGUCUCCUGGCUGUGACCCCCUGGCCCCCCCCCCCCCUCCUGGAGCUCCCACCCCGGGUCGCUGGGCUGGGCUGGCUGUCCCUCUUAAACCACCACCCCUCAGGGAAGCCCUCUCUCUCUCCACCCCACCGUGUCCCACCUCCACCCCUAUACAGUAUGACCACCAAACACGCCCACUGCCAGCCCCCCGUCCGUGGCCCAGCCGUGGACCUCCAUCCCAGACUUGACUGACAGGAGUCUUGAGUGGGAAGCUGUCCUUCAUCUCUUAUCCCCAAAUUCUGGGUGGAACAGCACCUUUCAGCUGACAAACACAAGGGACCUGUCUGUGCACUCAUAUCAGGGGGUCCUUUCGAUUUGACUAUUGACUUUUGGCCACUGAUGGGGUAGAUGUAGCCAUGGCUAUGAUUAAACUUGUCGUUCCAGUGCAGUUCCUAUCAUCCAAUCACGGCAGGAUGCAUUAAGCGAUAGGCCUGGGUGCACAAAAAUUGGAUUUUGCCCACAUUGCUAUCCAAUCCUCCAACCAAGAUUUGGAAGUGGCCAAGCUUGCAUUGGAAUACUAUACUAUCUGGAUGAAUUCCAGGCGCACGGUGAAUAAAUGUGGAGGUGGAGAAGAGCGGCGUGGUCUUUGCAGGAAAGAAGUGGGAACGGUGUGGGCUCAGAUGUGAAGCAACACAGCCAUACAGGAAAUGUCAUAUUAUGUGUUUUUUAGACUUAGUGUAGAUUCACAGAAGAGAUUCAAUUUGUUGUUUUUUUUAAAGGAGCUCAAAUACCAGAUUUUAAUGACAAGUGUAACCAUAGCCUGUUCCUGUGGGGGUGUCCUGGGUGGGUUUGGUGAGGUGUAUAUUUUCAGGUGGGAUGUGUUUCGUCUCAUACAUGUUUCUAAACAAAGCAUUUAUCACGGCCUGGCCAGCUCAGGCGUCUCCAGCACUGUCUAAUAUCAAAUGGGCUGGGUGACUUUUGGAACCAUGACUUUCUCGUGUAUGAAUGUACCACUGGUCACCCACCUCGUUGUCUUUCUGUAUUAUUACGACUGUGGUCACUUACGGUACCUUCUCUCGGACUGGCGGAGUGGGGGAGGCGGGGGUGCGGCGCGUGGGUGUGAAGUGGGAGGGGGGGGGGGCGAAGUAAGAAUGAUUGGAGGACGGGUGAGAAAAGGAGGCGACACUCAAGUUGCAUGACCACUGUGAAAUCUUCAAAUCUAUCUUGUUUGUAAUGAUGAUAUAUUUUUUCAUGGGGAAUCGACCCUGCUACCACUCUUUUGCUCUCCCUCAGACUUUUUCAGACAUCAAAAGGAAAAUUCAACCUUCUCCUUCCUGCCGCAGUUUCCCCUGUCUUGCUUUCCGUCGUUGAUGGAUUAGCUCGGGCCGGGAGAUAAAUGGACCCACGGGGUGAAUCUGACUGGAGAUCAGCCCCUCGGAGCCCAGACCAGAUCACAAUGGACAUAAACACUGACUGAAACUGGUCCUGGGUCUGGGGGUUAAGCCAAUAAGGGAACUGCAUAGACUGUGGCAAACGAGCUGAGAUGUGUGUGUGUGUCGUAGCGUCACAAAACAUACACACACACACACACACACACACACACACACACAAACACACACACACACACACACACACACACACACACACACACAGUCUUUGAUACUGAGGCUGAUGGUGGGAGCAUCCAUGGACAUGACUGUAAAGGGACUAGCACAAAGAGAGCGAGCAGCGGGGAGGAGGGCGAGCGAGUGAGCGUGUGUGCGUGCGCAUCAUGGGACUGAGACUUCUUUAAUGUUGGGAAGUGAACAUCAUGAGUAAGCACUGUGAAAACAUACAUGACCACACAUGUACAGCUGCAUAUACACACACAGACAUAUGUAGGAGCGCACAUGCCGACCUACAGUAGACAUGCAAAUACACACACACAGGGACACGCAAACAAGGGGAAGCACUAACUUCCCCGUUUCAUCUUAUUUUUGUAGCAUUUAAAAUCACUGUUAAUUACUCCUGUGUGGGAUGCAGUGAUGGGAUAUAGCCUGUGGAAGAUUUAUAAAAAAAUGUGUCUUCUCUUCUUCUAUUCCACUGAUGCUGUCCUUCUAUCGUUCUUCUUCUUCUACUUCUUCUUCUUCUUCUCUGGUUUGUGAUCCAUGGUUGGUAGCGGUAGGAUGCCUCCAGGCCUGAGCGUCAUGUAUGAGUUUGUCUCCUUUUCUGUUUGUGGUGUUUUUGUGAAAGCUGACCUCCGUCAUUAAAGUCAGUGAGUCAAACGUAAACACAGAAGUCAGAGCAAGGAGAGAAACACACAAAUAAAGAUUGUCUUUUUGUCUACUCAAAAAAAAAACAGUGAGUGGAAUUUGUUGUUUUUCCAUCUAAGGCGACUGAUUGUAGCCUCUUUGUGUAUUAAUUUCCACAAAGGUCAUUAGUUUGCAUAGUUUAUCUUCCACCAUCCGCCGUCAGAGCCUCAGGAUGGUGAGCGUUGAGCUCUGCCAGUCAAAGCAUGAAAUUAUUCAGAUGAAAUCACCCUCUCCUGUCUUCAACUGUUUUUCCCUCACUGAUAUGACAGUUAAUCUGAACUGCUGACAACACGGAGACUAAAUAACUUGAUGGCCUUCCUCGCAUAUUUACAGAAGGAAAGUGUGUGUACUGAAAUGAGAGGUGCUUUACCUAAGUACUGUCACAGUCUCUUGUUGUUUUUUUAUACUUUUCAGAAGCAUAUACUAUUUUUUAUUACUGUUUUAUUUCACCACUAUAUUUAAUUUGUACCUUACUUAAGCAGUUUUUGAAAAAACUUCUUCUAGGUACACAUUUCUUAUUUAAAAAUUUUAAAAAGUAGAAAUAUAUAUAUAUAUUAUUGCAGAAUGUAGUUUUGAUUUGCUGCUAAUAUUUCCUGUAUCUUUACAUUGUGAGUGAGCCCAUACUGACUCUGCUACUGCUCCACCACUGAUAUCCACCGCUUAGAGAGAUUAUUGACACAAAAGUCGGGUCUGAUCACUGGCACAGCUGAUAUGCCCAUCACAAACCUGGUGUCCUUGAACAAGACAUGCCUAAAAAGUUGAAUAUGAACCAUUUUGUCUCUGAGCCCAGUAGGUUUUUACCUCUUCAGACAUGAAUAGACAGAUAGACAAUAGACCCUUUUCCCCACUGGGGCUUGUAAGGGCCAGUGCUUGCUUAAAACAUUUAUCAUCUCUGUUUUAAAAUUGUUAUUUGAAACUACUGCCGUGUCCCUUUUGGCAGCGUGAUGCAAAAAAGCAUAUCAGAAACAUUGUUUUUAGAGAAAACCGAGGUGCAUGAAUAAUAGAUGAGCUUUGGUUUGCCGUGUUUGGCGCUCCUGUGCAAAGCAGUCUAAUGGCUAUCGACGUCUCCAGUUUCCAUCAAAUUGCUUCAUAUGAGAGCUCAAUUCAAAAGGAGGAAGAGUAGAUUCCAGGGAAAAGUAGACGAGGGAAUGAAAUUACCUCUGAAUAUUGAGAUGCACGCUUGGUCAGCCGAUUCUUUGCCCUAACAAGUAGCAGGUACCCGGGGAAUUAGCCCAACGUAAAACGAAGCCUGAUCAAGCAAGGCACCGAAUUCUUCCCAUGUCUCAAUCCUUGCGAGAGGAACGAUGGAUGUGCCACGCGACUGGAACGGAGCCAGACGUGAACAGAUGUGCUCCUUGAAACCAUGAGAAUCCGGCGAUCUGGGCUGUGUCACUGACACCGCGUGCACACACUGUACACACACAAUUAUAUCCACAUGCAUUCUCUUCCAAAUCUAAUUAAUCACUUGAUUAUUUCAGCUCUUUUCAUUGGAUGGCGUACACGUGGGACGGUAAUUGGCAGAGAAUAAAUUUGGCCUAAAUGAUGUUUAUUUUGGCAACAACCAAAAAGCCAGGCCAGGAAAUGCAGAUGGCGACCCCUCUCUGUUCUCUUCCUCUUUUCUUAAUCUUCAUCUGCUCUUCUGUUGCUAUCUCACUCUGAAAGACGCUUUAUUCAGCUAUGGGCUAAUCUAUUCUCCUCUCUCCCAGCUACUUUUGUCUCCUAGUAUUCAACUAACUGGCAUGAUUUAGGAAUUAUGGAAUUAGGGCAGCGCUCCCAUCUCUAUUAAUGAGGAACGGCAUGAUGAAAGAGCUUGAUCCUGAAUGUGCCAUCUGUAGUCACUACUACACAUUCAUCUAAUCUAUCUCUGUUUCUCUCGCUACUCGCUACCCCUCUUUUUUUCUUUCUUUCUCACACACGCUCUGUGAAGCAGACACACGCACACACAUUAUAGGCUACCUUAGUUGUAAUUAGAGAGGAAAUACUAAUUCUCUCCUCUUCAGGCGCUGUUGGAUGUGGCAUGAAAUGGCCCAGCAGGAAAGUUAACUGUGGACCAGGCAUCCACACACACACACACACACACACACACACACACACACACACACACACACACACACACACACACACACACACACACACACACACACACUCAACGGAGUCCAGAUGGAUUGUGUGUUAUUGCUGAAUAAUACAUGCUAUGUAGACUAUAAAAGAUACAUGAGCAAAGAGAGAUGGGCACCAUUCACACGCCGUGUAUAGUUUGGUGAGGGCACCUCUGCGUGCACAUUUGGAGGCGUUGGGAAAAGGUAUUUUUCUGUGGGUGACCCAGUAGGAAAAACAUUUAGCCGCAGUCAAAGAAGACAAAAACGCUUUCUUUUCAGAUGCUGCCAGUUGAUAUGUUCGCUGGCGCUCUGCCCGGUGUCUUUGCAGUCACCUUGAACAGGCUUUUGUGGUGUAAACCAUAAAACGUGGGGAAUUACACAGCAGAUUCAAUGCUAGAGGCUCAGAUUACAGAGCAUCUCUCAGAAAGGCUAUGAAAAAUAUCCAGCAGUCAGUCUUCAUGUAAAACACGAGGAAACGUGGAGGAGGGGGAGGAGGGGAGGAGGGGGAGGUCUGGGUGAAGGGUAAAUGCUGCACUCAUGUGGGGAGAAUAAGCAGCGCCUCUUUUUUUUCUAACUCUGGAGUCAUAUGACAGGACAUGCGCAACAUCAUGUGUUGCGUUCAUGUGCUCUUCCUGAACUCACUCCCCUUUGUACAACGCGCAAAAAAUGGAACUGCUAAACAAAAUAGGCUGCGCCGUGAAAAGUGAAGGUACGCCAUACUGCAUUUUUAGUGUUCUAGUACUCAAAGCCCAAUAUAAUCUGUUUUUAGAAAAAUAAAUAAAUGUCUUCCAACUUUA